AUGUAUCCAAAGAACAGUGUGCCUAAAUACGUCUUGAAAAGCCUGUAUUUCUAAAAAUAGAUCUCUCAAGUGUUGAACUUUGCCUUACAAGGCUCCUGUCGUCAUGGGUAUGCCAGUGUUCAUAGUUGCUGGUCUCCUUGUGCAUUGUGUCUUCUUGGCCUCCAUUUUUGACAUCUACUUCACCUCCCCUCUGGUUCAUGGUAUGACUCCUCAGCAGACUCCAUUACCACCCCCAGCAAAACGUCUCGUGCUCUUUGUCGCUGAUGGUCUGCGGGCAGAUUCCCUGUAUGAAUUGGACAGCAACGGUACUCCUCGAGCACCUUUCCUGCGGAGUAUUCUAGAGAAUAUUGGCAGCUGGGGAAUCUCUCAUACGCGUGUCCCAACAGAGUCUAGGCCAGGCCACGUUGCACUUAUAGCUGGAUUUUAUGAAGAUGUCAGUGCAGUUGCUAAAGGCUGGAAGGAGAAUCCAGUGGAAUUUGACUCUCUUUUCAAUGAGAGUAAAUAUACUUGGAGCUGGGGAAGCCCAGAUAUUUUGCCAAUGUUUGCCAAAGGUGCUAGUAGAGAUCACGUUUAUACGUUUUGUUACACAGCAGAAAGUGAAGAUUUUGGAGCACAAGAUGCGGCUAAGCUUGACACUUGGGUUUUUGAUCAUGUUAAGAGCUUCUUUAAUUCUUCCAGAAGUAAUCAAACGUUGUACUCUGCACUAAAUGAAGAAAAAGUGGUUCUGUUCCUGCAUUUGCUAGGCAUAGACACAAAUGGGCAUGCACAUCGGCCAAACUCGAGGGAAUACAAGGAGAAUAUUAGAAAAGUUGAUGAGGGUGUAAAAGAAAUGGCUUCAAUGCUUGACAAUUUUUAUGGAAAUGAUGGAAAAACUGCAUUUAUCUUAACCUCUGACCAUGGAAUGACAGAUUGGGGAUCCCAUGGAGCUGGUCAUCCCUCAGAGACCUUAACACCACUCGUUGCUUGGGGUGCUGGAGUGAAUUAUCCACAGAGGGUUGCAUCCCAAUUCUUUGAAGACAAUUUUUUGGAAGAAUGGAAACUGGAGAACUUGAAGAGGCUGGAUGUCAAUCAGGCUGAUGUAGCACCACUGAUGGCUUCUCUUAUCGGUGUUCCUUUCCCCCUGAAUUCUGUGGGAACUCUGCCUCUGGAAUAUCUGAACAAUAGUGCUCACUUCAAAGCGGAGAGCAUAUUCACAAAUGCUGUUCAGAUUCUUGAGCAGUUUAAGGUUAAGAUGACUCAGAAAGAGGAAACAACAUUGUCAUUUCUGUUCACGCCGUUUAAGCCGCUUUCUGAUUCUGAACAAAUGAAUUUUCCAGCAAGUGCUAACAGAGUCCUCUGUGAACAAGUAAUACAGCUGAGUUUCCUACCUUUGGAGAAAUCGCAAAUAUCAGCAUAUCUGUGUUUAAGGAAUGACCGUCGCUGCAGGAAAACUAUGGUAUCUUUGUGCAAAACCCUGAUUAACCUUGCUCUGGAAGGCCUAUCUUACUACCAUACUUACGACAGAUUGUUCCUGGGCCUGAGUAUUGCAAUGAGUUUUGUGGGCUGGACAGCUUAUGUGAUUUUGGUGAUUAUCAAGACCCAUACCAAUCUGACCAAAACUGUCCAGAGUAGUGACAAGGAAUCUACUGUUCUCUUGUACGGUUUUGCAUUUGUUGGAAUGAUAAUAGCUUUUUUCCUGUUGAUUCAAACUUGUCCUUGGACAUAUUACAUAUACUGUCUAUUGCCAGUGCCAGUAUGGUAUGCAGUUGUGAAAGAACUUCAUGUUAUUCAAGACCUUGCUGCAAAUCUCUUGUCACUUCCCAUUGGUCAGUCUAUGGGAUUCCUAUUGGUUUGUGUACUGGGAGUUGAAAUACUGGUUUUCAGCUUUUUCUACCGCUCUACGCUUACUGUUGGUCUUCUUGUCUUUGCUGGCUGGCCGGUGAUCACACAGCUGUGGGUUCAGGCAAAGACAACAGUAUUGAUCUGGAUUCUUCUAUGCGUGCUUCUGGCAAUAUUUCCUUUAAUGCCUGUUGUAGGAAGAGAACCGAACAUUCCUCUAGUAAUAGCAGCUGGUCUGCUGACUCUUUUGAUCUCUUGCUCCUACUUGGCUUUUUUUCGUAAAAGCAAAAAUAGAUACGUGAAUAAUGAAGAUCUAAAAGUACAGUUUUAUCAGAUGUUGAGCAUUGCACUUUCAACAUAUGUUGUGAGCAGUACACACAACAGUCUUCAGAACAAACAGGGAUUGCCAGUAUUCAAUCAAAUUAUUAGCUGGACAACUCUAGUUUCUUCCUCAGUGUUGCCUUUACUGAGCCCCACGUUUCUCUUUCAGCGACUGUUCAGCAUACUGCUCUCCCUGAUGUCCACCUACCUGCUCCUCAGCACAGGAUAUGAAGCUCUCUUUCCACUGGUGCUGUCUGGUUUGAUGUUUGUGUGGAUAAAUAUGGAACAAGAAGCACUGCAGCACUACAGUCUUUCACUCAAGCCAAAGCUUGCUGUUCUCAACUUCUCCUAUGCUACUGAUAUAACUCAUUUUAGACAGCUCCACCUGGAUGACAUCCGUAGGUCUUUCUUCUUUGUUUUCUUCAUAGUGACAGCCUUUUUUGGCACUGGCAACAUAGCUUCUGUUAACAGUUUUGAUCCAGCUUCUGUCUAUUGUUUCCUGACCGUGUUCAGUCCCUUUAUGAUGGGAGCCUUGCUUAUGCUGAAGGUUGUAAUCCCAUUUGUUUUGGUAUCAUGUGCUUUUGAAGCUGUUCAAGUCACAACACAGCUUUCUUCUAAAAGCCUUUUCCUCAUUGUUCUUGUGAUUUCAGACGUUAUGGCUUUGCACUUUUUCUUUUUGGUUAAAGAUUAUGGAAGCUGGCUCGAUAUAGGAACAAGCAUUAGCCACUAUGUGCUGGUGAUGUCGUUGACCAUAUUCAUGAUGCUGAUGAAUGGACUGGCCCAGCUCCUGACUACAAAGAGGCUUGAGCUUUCCAGAAGGACUAAGCACCAUUCUGCGUGAUGAAGUGUUAAAUAUUCCUGCAGUUUUUCCCACCCUCAGCCUUCCUCUGAACCAACCUCUGCCUGUGGAAUGUAAAUGCAAGUUAACAGACUAGAGCGCCAAAAUCCCACCCAGGGAUCAGAGUGCUCUACUGAUACAGAUUAAAUGAUGUCCUGUGGCUGAAAUUUGUGUUUGGAGAUCGUCAUUUAGACAUCAGCUGGGCUAAAAUAGCCUCAUCUUUAUUCUUUAAGCAACAUAUUUAUUGAAAGUAAAACCAGCAAUGAAGUCCUGUAUAAAAGAAAUAGGCAACUAUCUUUUGGGUUUUUUCUUCAGUUAUUUUAACUCAUCUUCCAGCUGUUCAUCUCACACAUGCACACUCUUAUUAGGAGUCUGCAAAGUCCUAGCUUCAUUUCACGCCUCACAUAAUCAUUUUGCAGACUAAAACAUAAACAAAAUCAAUCUGGGCAGAUCACUGGUUUGUCUGUUGCCCAGUAUGGCAUAUGCAUUUGAAUAUCUCUGAAACUGGCUACCCUUUUUGAAAGCUAUGUGAAUGCUUCAAGCUGUCUGUGUGAGAGUGCGCUGAGGCAAGCGGGACUGGUACGCUGUGGGACUGUUGCUGUAAGACAGUUGCUUUAAGCUGACCUCAGUGCAGACUGCUGCCUCUGACUGCUCUCCUGCUGUCUCUUGUGCCAGCAGGAACGCUUGAGCAGGCUGAGCAGUAAACCAGAUCAAGUAAUUGAUCCAGUUGAAUGUGAACCUGAUGAAAGAAUAGUAAGACAGCGUUCAGACAGACCAGUUCACUGGGCCAGCUCAUGGGUGAGGGCAGGCAGGAGGAUAGGUCGGUGGCAGCCUAGAGUUACAUCAGCAUAAAGAGAACAUGAAACUGUAGCCGGAGUGUGUGGUUUGCAUAGAGUGAUGCCCAUCCUGCCGCUCAAAGGCUUUUUCUUUUGUUAACAUUUUUGUUCUGCUCCUGAUUGCAAGUGUCAGCCUGCGUAAUGGCUCUGCUGUGAGGCAAACAAAUCUUCUGGUUCUGCGUGGAUUACAAGUGAGAGUAGAGAGAUCUGUGACACCUAUAGGCUCUUGGGGACCCAGUAACUGUAAAUCUGUUGCAUGAGGCUUUGAGAUAGCCUUGCAACUUCAUAGUCUCUGCAAUGGCAAGCAUCAGCUUCCCUGCCAGUAGCCCAGUGUUUUAAAGUGGGUAGAAAUACAACACCUACCGUGAUUCAAUGCUUCAUUCCUCCCUGAAGUCAUCUAUUUUUAAGAAUUAAGCGAAAAUUGUAUCUCCUGCUCACCAGGAGCCCUGCACAGAGCUACAUAUCUUGCCUUUGAAGUAGCUUUUUGCAUUCACACUAUCAGUUAAAAGAGCCUUUGAAGUGGAUUGCUUUGCACGGUGAAGAAAGUGAGUGAAAGAAAACACUUUCUUCACUCUGCACAGUGUGUGAUGACAUCCUUGACAAAUCGUGCUAAGUCCCAUGUCACACUCCAUCUUGCAAAUAGUCCUUCCUGUCUAAGAGCGCAAUAUAUACAGCGCAUGGCACCGCUAGCCAAGGCUAGGCGUUCAUCAUGAGGGCAGCUCUGAUACUCAGUUUCUAGCCAUCUGGUAUUUGGCCGUGGUCACAUGGCUGCUUAACACUGGAAACCAGUCAUCCCUGCAGGAAGUUUGGCUGGGAGAAACCAGUCGCAGAUCUCCAUCUGCUUUUUGAGUGCUGGUAAAUAUCACAUUAUGGACUUGUAGACACCCAUGCAGCCUCAGAGUGCCUCUUGUGAGCAUCUGAUCACUGGAGGAGUCAUUCUGCCACUAGGUAGUGGGCUGGUGACCCUCCUGGGCAUGUUGCUAGCACAGCUAGCCACUGUCACAGAAGAUAUUGCAUAUAUGGUCUGUAAAAAAUGUGAAGACUUGUGUGUUGGAGGGUGGAUGAAUGCCAGCGGCUGGUGGUUGUGCUGUACAAGGAACCACCUUGAGCAGGUAGAAGGUUGAGGCCACAGCAAAAGCUAUGUCUAGGCACGGCAAUCUACUGAACCUGUUCUCAGCUCCAGGGAGCUCUUACUGGGGAGAACUAUCCUCACCUUGGCCCUAUCCUAUGUAAUCCCAAGCUGUAAGGGUACUGAACCGUCAGCUUUGUGUGACCUAACUGAUCUCUCGAUGACCUCUGUCCACAGCUCUGUUCUUGCAGUGCGCCCAGCUAUAGGCAGCCAUACUAUUGAGCAUCCCAGUCUGUGUUGCUGGAGUCAUGCUCUUUGUAAAGCUGCUGUUUGUAGAGCAAAUUCACUGAUGGGAGCAGCUGAACAGCUGCCUUUGCUCUAUGUGACAUGAAGGAACUGACGGAAAAGUAGGAAUGUAGGACCCACAGGGCUGCCGCCCUGAAGGCAGAUCUGCAGACAUGUCAAAGAUGCUAGUUAUCUGUGACAGGGCCAAGUGGGUGUCCUACCUAUCAAAUGACAGCACUGGAGGUACGUACUAUCUAUUGCUGUAGGCUCCUUGGGAGAAUGCACAGAGGCUGAAGCCUGACGUUGUCUUUUAUUACCAUGGGGGGGAGGGGGGCUGGUAAUAAAAUAUUGGCUAAUCGUGCUGUAUCUGAUGCUGCUAAUCUACCACAGUAGGAAUAAUGAAUGUACUCUGGCAUACAGGACAGUGAAAACGGCUGUCCAAAAAAGGAACCCACAUCAAUUAUCCUUUCUGCUUAUGGCUUCCGUAGUGUCUCCUUCCACAAAGUAGGUUCUGUUUUUGAGAUCCAUUCCUGUAAGAGCAAGAGGAAGACGAGCAUGGGAGAGCAGCCACAACACACAUAGUAGUUUUUCCCCAGAGCUUUGAAAGGGCCUAUUCUAGUUUGCCGUUUGCCCCGACUGGGCUGUAGCGGUAGCAGCCUUAGCUGACCUUUCCCUUUCCCCUGCCAAUCCCCCCUGCAUCUCUGUGCUGUUUGCAAAUGCUGUUCCUAGCAUGCGCCACGGGAAUCUUGGAGAGCAGCUCUUGCAAAGAGGCCGAUUGGCCAUGCUAUUCCUGUAUCUCCCCAGGGGAGGCUCUUGCUGGAGUCUUGGCCUGCACGUUUGGGUUCACUCCAGCACAAGGAGGUGUCAAAAAUUCUCCCACUCAGCUACUUUUUACAGCCCAAUGGGCUAUGUGGCAAAGUAGACUCUUUCCUCCUACUGGUAUGUGUUCCCUUUCUUCCCAGGAACAAACGUCAUCUGUAAUAAAAAGUCCCCCACCACCUAAAAGCUGAGGUGGGUAAUGAAAUGUACUCAGCUGAUUUUAGGCUUUCUGGUGUUCUGCUUGUGAGUCUGAAGUAUCAUCCCUCUUCAUGAGCAGGGCCUUGGGCACAGAACGGGGUAUAUGGGGCAGUGCAGGUAUCCGCUAGCUCUUGUGUUUUCUCCUAAGGGCACAAAGGCAGAAUUCCCCAAGCUCUCUUACCUUCCUCCUCCUACCUGCAGCAGAGUUACAGACUCUCUGACUCCUAGAGCAGGUGAAAACCUGAAGCAGGGAAAUGUAGGUGGAUUGACGUCAUUAUUUUUGUCUGACGCUGCACUUUUUUUUUUUUUAAGUAUAUUGGUAGUGUAAAAAACACUGCAAAGCUUAUAUUUGCUUGCUUUCAGAGCCAUGGAUCCCUGAAGAACUAGCUAUGAACCUGGAGUGCCCACCAGGAGUUGCAAGGCAAGAGAAGCUGUGCUGAAGAGCAGCUAUUAUAAAGAUCAUGUGUUCACCGGUUCUAAAAACUUGUCUGCUAUUGUGUUUUCAAGACAGUAACAUAGCCUUUUGAUAUAAUUCCAGGGAGUGAGCUAUUUCUUCAGAGAUGAUGAAGUUUAGGUUGUAUCAAGGUUUUUUGUGACUCAAACUAAAUGACUUCCCUCUCCCUCCCUGCAGAGUAAAUCCGAUUUUACUAGGCUUGGCAGUUUCGAAAAAUGCAUGCCAUAGCUGUUAGUUGUAAUGCAGCUACAGCCUUCACAUUCUUGAAUGAGAACGAGGAUAUGAACGAACUUUCAUAGUUUUACCAAAACCUUGCUCUCUAGCAUCACCCUUAAACUCCAUUGUCUGAUUUGCCCAAGCUGUGCUAGAGUUGUGAUUUCAGCCCCUACCUCCUAAUCUGCAAGGGCUCAUUGACAAAAAGAUGGGUUAUUGACGGUUCUUUAAAUUUUCUGCCCACCCACCUGAAUCCUGCAAUCCCUUUUUCUGUGCUUUCCCCUUUGAGGUGGUGAGGGUUACUUCUCUCAGAAAACUUUGGGGAAGAGGAUGGGUGUAUGGAGGGUGCAUCAGGUGCUGGGAACAGGAGCCAGUUGGGCAGCAUAUCUUGGGGAGCUACAGUAGCGGUGGGGAAGGUAGAAAGUCUCUGUCUCACACCCACUCUGGGCUGUGCCCUCUAUCGUAGUGGCUGGGAAGCUCCUGGUGCCCCAUCUCCGUCCUGACAGGGCUUCAUCAAGACUUAAGGCAAGGGACUUUGCCUUUUUUUCCCUCGUGCCUUCUGACCACCUUUAGGCAGCUGCCCUAUGAGUUGCCGUGGCCAGGGGAGGCUGGGUAGCACAUCUCGUUGAUGGGAAAGUGCUUGCGACAAGCUGUGGCCUGGGUGCCCAGGACUGACCAUCACAGCUACUGAUAGUCACCAUGCUGACUAUAGAGCUGCUGCUGUUGCAGCUGUCUCCUCAGAGCAAAGGGUCCCAGCGACUGGUUAUGUCUGUAGGGAUGGGUUGAAAUCCAGUUCACCUAUUAAAAAGUCCUGAAUUUGGCUGCUUCCCAUGAGGGCUCCUCUUGGGCCCUGGGGCAAGGCUCAGCAUUUGAGCUUGCAGCACAGAACGAGGAGGGCUGAAAAGUGCAAGGAGAAAGCUGGAAGUGUGGUGCGCGCCCCGUUCCUGUAACCUUUGAAAUCAAGCUUGUCAAUAUGUUCUUCAUUCGUUUAUUUAUUGACUCGUGUUUGGCAGCAAGCUUCCUAACUUUCUAACUCUCAACGUGGAUAAUAUCAAGCGGAAAUAAAAGAAAGCACACCUUAUUUGCUUGCGUUUUAUUUUCCAGGUAUAUUGUAACAGCAAAUGUGUGGGGUUUUUUUCUUUAAUGUUAUAUAAGGUGAAGCUGACAUAGAUUUAGCUUUCACUUGGAUCCUCACUACUGACAGACCUGUUAAUGGCUGGAUAUCACCCAGUGAAUUUGGAGAGAGAGAGAGAGAGA